GGUGGCGGCUGGACUCCGGCACCAUGAGUGGCUUCAGCACUGAGGAGCGCGCCACGCCCUUCUCCCUGGAGUACCGAGUCUUCCUCAAAAAUGAGAAAGGACAAUAUAUCUCUCCAUUUCACGAUAUUCCAAUUUAUGCAGAUAAGGAUGUGUUCCACAUGGUAGUUGAAGUACCACGGUGGUCUAAUGCAAAAAUGGAGGUUGCUACAAAGGACCCUUUAAACCCCAUUAAACAAGAUGUGAAAAAAAGAAAACUUCGCUAUGUUGCGAAUUUGUUCCCGUAUAAAGGAUAUAUCUGGAACUAUGGUGCCAUCCCUCAGACUUGGGAAGACCCAGGGCACAAUGAUAAACAUACUGGCUGUUGUGGUGACAAUGACCCAAUUGAUGUGUGUGAAAUUGGAAGCAAGGUAUGUGCAAGAGGUGAAAUAAUUGGUGUGAAAGUUCUAGGCAUAUUGGCUGUGACUGACGAAGGGGAAACCGACUGGAAUGUCAUUGCCAUUAAUAUGGAUGAUCCUGAUGCAGCCAAUUAUAAUGAUAUCAAUGAUGUCAAACGGCUGAAACCUGGCUACUUAGAGGCUACUGUGGUUAGAAGGUAUAAGUUUCCUGAAGGAAAACCAGAACAUGAGUUUGCUUUUAAUGCAGAAUUUAAAGAUAAGGACUUUGCAGUUGAUAUUAUUAAAAGCACUCAUGACCAUUGGAAAACAUUAGUGACUAAGAAAACGAAUGGAAAAGGAAUCAGUUGCAUGAACACAACUGUGUCUGAGAGCCUGUUCAAGUGUGAUCCUGAUGCUGCCAGAGCCAUUGUGGAUGCUUUACCACCACCCUGUGAAUCUGCCUGCACAGUACCAACAGACGUGGAUAAGUGGUUCCAUCACCAGAAGAACUAAUGAGAUUUCUCUGGAAUACAAGCUGAUAUUGCUGCAUCGUGUUCAUCUGGAUGUAUUAGAUGUAAAAGUAGUAGCUUUUCAAAGCUUUAAAUGUGUAGAACUCAUCUAAGUAAAUUCUGCUGUGACCAAUCCAAUGUACUCAGAACGUUACCCAUCUAAAGCAUGUUUCAUAUCUCAACUAAGAUAACUUUCAGCACAUGCUUAAAUAUCAAGGCAGUUGUCAUUUGGAAGUCACUUGUGAAUAGAUGUGCAAGGGGAGCACAUAUUGGAUGUAUAUGUUACCAUAUGUUAGGAAAUAAAAUUAUUUUGCUGAAAAAAAAAGAAA